AUGUCGAGGAAAAUCGUUACCGUCGUCGGCUCUACCGGCUCUCAGGGUGGCUCAAUCGUCAGGGCUCUGCUCCAGGACACCGCGUAUACUGUCAGGGCUGUUACAAGAAACCCCAAAAGCGCUGCGGCCCAAGAGUUGGCCAACCUCGGUGCCUCCGUGGUGCAGGCAGACGUCAAUGACUAUGAGUCGCUUGUCCGAGCCUUCUCAGGCUCCCAAAUCGUUUUCGGCGUCACUAACUUCUACGAGAGGUUCGGGAGCAUCGGUGCCGAGGAGGCAAUUGAGAUUGAAGUUCAACAGGGAAUCAAAUUGGCCAACGCAGCGGCGGCAACAACAUCUCUUGAGCAUUACAUCUGGUCCACCCUCCCAAACACUCGCAAGAUCUCCAACGGCAAGAACGUGGUACCGCAUUUCGACGGGAAGAAUACGGUGGAUGAUUACAUUAAGUCCAACGCCUCUCUGUUGCAGAAGACGACAUUCCUCUGGGUCGCUUUCUACGCAACCAAUAUCCUGUUUCCCGUAUUCCAGCCAUUCAACGUUCCCACUGCCGGCCCUGAUAAGUUCAUUCAGCUUCAGGCUACACCCGAAUCUGUUUCGAUCAAAAGCAUCGGCGACGCAAAAGCAAACGUUGGCCGCUUUGUCAAAGCCAUCAUCGAGAAGCGAGAGCUGACAUUGCCCGGAAAGUUCGUCCUUGCCGAUGUCGAAGACUUGACAGCCGGCGAGUUUCUAUCUCGCUGGGCAAAAGCGCAGAAAAAAGAAGCUAGAUACAUUCAAGUGGAUAAGGAAACGUUCUGCGAAACUUGGCCGAUGUGGGGUGAGGUGAUGAACAAGAUGAUGACAUACUUCGAACAGGCGAAGGAUAAAAGCUGGAGUGGGGAGGAGGGAAUUCUUACAAAGGGAGAACUUGGUGUCACGGGACUUGUUAGCACUGCCGAUGCUUUUUCGAGGUUGAAUGGCCACGAUUAA